AGAGUGGGCUUUGCUGGGUCCUUCCCAGAAGAAUCUAUACAAAGAUGUGAUGCUGGAGACCUACAGGAACCUCACUGCUGGAGGCUACAAAUGGGAAGACAAAUAUACUGAAGAACACUGUCAAAGCUCUAGAAGACAUGGAAGACAUAAAAGAACACAUACUGGAGAGAAACCUUUUGAAUGUAAUCAAUGUGGUAAAGCCUCUGCCCAUCAGAAUAAUCUACAAAAACAUAAAGGAACACAUACUGGAGAGAAAACUUUUGAAUGUAACCAGUGUGGAAAAGCCUUGACAUGUCACAGUCGUCUCAAAAUACAUAAAAGUAUUCAUUCUGGAGAGAACCCUCAUGAAUCCUUUGUCGGCAGCUGUGUGAGCAAUCCCUUGGUCUUAAGCCAGCCCCUUCAGAGAGAGGUCCCUCAGCUGUUGGGCAAGCGGGAAGAUCAGAAUGGAGCCACGCCUGGCCUGGCUGAGAACAGGCCCCUGGGAUCCAGGCCACUUCGGCAGCUCCUCCAAUGUGGGCUCAUUUGA